UAGUGCCCAAACUAUAUUGUUAAAAUAGAUAACAUCACCCUUGCCACCAUUCACUUUUCUAAUUUGGCCAUGGAGACCUGGUUCAUCCUCAUCCUAUCUCUUUUCGUCGCCGCCAUACUCUUCCACCAGAGCCACCGCAAGAAACUACCACCAGGGCCAUCAGUCCUUGCCUCUAACUUCGUAAUAUUAACCAAUUCUCUACCUGCUCUUGAACCAUUUGUUAGAAACUUCAAGUUAAAGUAUGGAUCAUUCAUCACUCUGUUUGUUGGUUACCAUCCUUCAAUCUUUGUCUCUAGCCAUUCUCUAGCUCACAAAGUCUUGGUCCAACAAGGCGCCAUAUUUUCUGACCGCCCUACAAGCAUCCCUGCGCGCAACAUCUCAUCAGCCUCCUAUGGCCCAACUUGGCGUCUCCUAAGGCGUAAUCUAGCUACCGAGAUACUUCAUCCUGCCCGUGUGAAGUCUUACUCUUGGGCUAGAAAAUGGGCCCUUCAUAUCUUGAUUAAUCAGUUAAGGGAACAUAAAGGAAGUGAUGGGAUAAAGGUGGUUGAUCAUUUUCACUAUGCAAUGUUUUGUUUGUUGGUUUUGAUGUGUUUUGGUGAUAAGCUAGACGAAAAAACUGUAAAUGAAAUUGCAAGGGUACAACGUUAUUCGCUUUUUGCAGCUGGUUCGGGCCGUUUUGAUAUGCUCGGUUUGAUGCCUAGGUUAGGCAAGAUAUUGUUUAGGAAUAGAUGGAAAGAGUUGUUGCAAAUACGGCAUGAUCAAGAACAAGUGAUGAUACCACUAAUUAAGUCUAGAAUUGAAGCAGUUAACUCGGGACGAAACUUAUUAGGAGACAAGAAAAUUGUGGCGUAUGUUGACACUUUGGUGAAUCUAAAGCUUCCGGAAGAAGAGGCUGAUAAUGGGAAUGGUGGAAAGUUAACAGAUAAAGAGAUUGUAAGUAUGUGUGAUGAGUUUCUUAAUGCUGGGACGGAUACUACCUCUACUGCGUUACAAUGGAUCAUGGCGAAUCUCAUGAAGUAUCCACGCAUCCAAAGUAAACUUUUUGAUGAAAUUGUUUCUGUAGUAGGACCUCCGCCAAGGGGAGAGGAUGAAACGGCCAUAAACGAGGAGGAUUUACACAAAAUGCCUUAUUUGAAAGCGGUGGUUUUGGAAGGGCUAAGGAGACACCCACCGGGCCAUUUCGUGUUACCACAUAGGGUAAUGAAAGAGGUAUAUCUGGAAGGGUAUAUGAUUCCUCAAGGUGCCACCAUCAACUUCAUGGUGGCUGAUAUGGGUUGGGACCCGAAGGUUUGGGAUGAUCCAAUGGAGUUCAAGCCAGAGCGGUUUUUGGUGAAUGGGGACCGCAAUUGUGUGUUUGAUAUAAGUGGAAGCAAAGGGAUUAAGAUGAUGCCAUUUGGUGCUGGAAGAAGAGUAUGCCCUGGUUCUGAAUUGGCCAUACUUCAGUUGGAAUAUUAUGUUGCAAAUUUGAUUUGGUAUUUCCAUUGGACUUCUCCUGAUGGUUAUGAAGUCGAUCUUUCUGAAAAGCCCGAGUUCACCAUUGUCAUGAAACAUCCUCUGCGAGCACAUGUCUCUUCAAGGACCGAAAAGUUAAUCAUUUGAGUCGAUAUAUUAAGUACUUAUGUAUCAAUCGGCUUAUAAUGAAUAAAUCUGGCCCUGUUUGUUGAUGUAAUUUUUAUCAAAUUCAUAUAUAAAUUACAUUAUAUUAUAAA